CUUAAUAUGCAUCGAAGGUACAAGCCGGAUCUGAUCUGGUCUGAUGGAGAAUGGGAGGCUCCGGAUACUUACUGGAACUCAACUGCUUUCCUUGCCUGGCUUUACAACGACAGUCCUGUCAAGGACACAGUGGUGGUGAAUGAUCGAUGGGGCAUCAACUGCUCCUGCCGGCACGGAGGCUAUUAUAAUUGUCAGGACAAAUACAAGCCCGGCACUCUGCCAGACCAUAAGUGGGAGAUGUGCAGCUCUAUCGACAGAAGUUCGUGGGGGUACCGAAGCGACAUGCAGAUCGAUGAACUCAUGGACGAGCCUGCCAUCAUUCAGGAAUUGGUCCAAACUGUGAGUUACGGCGGGAACUAUCUUCUCAACGUGGGGCCCACGAAAGAAGGGGUGAUCGUUCCCAUCUUUCAAGAAAGGCUUCUGGCGCUCGGGAAGUGGCUGAGCAUCAAUGGGGAGGCCAUAUAUGAAUCAACCCCCUGGAGAGAGCAAAAAGAGAAUGCAACAGAUAAUACUUGGUACACGUCCAGAGGGGCGGCGGUGUAUGCGAUUUUCCUGAUCUGGCCGGAAAGCAAUGUGUUGACGCUCUCGUCCCCUGUCCCGUCGUCAAGCACUCAAGUGACUAUGUUGGGCUUCUCUGGACCAUUGAAGUGGCAGGAAUUGCCUGGCAAAGGACUGCAGGUGACCUUGCCCUCGGCCAUCCCUUCUCUUCUUCCUCUGCAGCCCGGCUGGACAGUCAAGCUCACCGACAUCGCUUGAUCGAGCAGCUGAAGGAGAAUCAAGGAACUCUUGUGCUUUUUCUUUUCCUUCUCUCGCUCUUAAGAGCUUGGUGCCACCAUGAUCAAUGAAUGGGGUUCAUGAUUGAUGCGCCGUUAAAUGAAAGGAAAUUGUUGAAUGUUAGCAGUCUUCCAGAUGUUGCCUUUUAAUCAAGAUGGUCCGAAAAAUCCAUCCAGGGUGAUUCAACUUGGCUGAUACCCACAUCCAAACCUUUGUUGUAACGUGUUAACCUGGUUUGCAUGUAGAAGAACUGUGUCUGGAAACUUCAGAAAAACCGCUAUGAUGACUUCUCCUGAGCAGAAUGGAUCUCAAUACAGAGGAGCAGAGGCAAGCAGGCCAAGCCUUCAUGGGAAUUUUUAAAAUUUAGCAUCCGAGUCCGGACACAGGGUUUUGAGGCACCAAGCGCAUCUCUCUUGGGCUCCCGAUGGUGAUAACCUUGAAAGCUUCCUUAAAGAUUUUUUUUGCUUCCGGUUAGCUGGAGAAGCCUCGCAGCCGAGCUCCCGAACCGUUAAGAUCCAGUGGGUGAGGAACGCAGCUUGACCGAGAAGAGCGGGUAGCGAGCCAUUAGGUACGCCAGCACCAAAGGGCAAGAGAGAGUUCAAUGCCAAGUAUUUUCAGCUGGUACAGAGACUUGAGGGGAACGAUGCUUAGUUUUGGGGGGCAAAAGUGACAUUAUAAUAGGAACCUGUCAGGAUUACGGAAGGGAUGCUUCCAGGUGAGUGAGAUCCAAAUAAAAAGAGAACUUCCUCAAGGAUGCGGAUGUGAAAAUUGGAUGGGAACCCUAUAUAUUUUAAAGUAUAUUUUUUUAAAAAUUGUUUUUCUCAGGUAUUCGUAUACCUUCACAUUUAGUGAAUUCUACCUCUGAGGGCCCUCUUGUGCUUGCGUCCUGCAUUCAUACCUUCCUGUUAGGCAGAGAGUAUCUUGAAGAAGCACAGUCAUUCAUUUAUCUGCCGUGUGGUGGUGUUUUGCUUAAGAGGCACCUCUCGCCCGGCCUUCUGCACGCUUCUUGGGGCUGACUGGGACACACUUUGGUGUGUGAGCUGCUUUUCUUCCUCUUCUCCGCUCGUUCAUGACACACGAUCUCUUCCAGACAAGCAAACUACAAAGACCAGGAAGGGGGUUUCAGGACUUGGACUCCAUUCUCUGAGCUACAGCCUUGUACAAACAAAUUGGACGGCUAUUUCGUGCACGGUGCCUUGUUUUAAGAAGAAACGGCCAUAGAGUACCUCCGUAGGAGUGGUCCAAAAAAA